AUCAACAACUAUGAGAUCAUUGACGAACUCGGUAGAGGCACACAUGGCAAAGUUAAGCUUGGUCGCAAUCUGGCCACGAACGAGUAUGUUGCGAUCAAGAUUGUAGAGCGUUACUCGAAGAAGCGUCGACUUGGCAAGCUAGGCAACGCCGAAGACAAAGUCAAGAAAGAGGUUGCCAUUUUGAAGAAGGCUCGACAUCCGAACAUUGUCGCCCUGCUAGAGGUGAUUGAUGACCCUGCUCGCAAGAAGGUAUACAUCGUGCUGGAACAGAUACUUGACGCCGACUUGCACCCUGACCUGCAAUUCGUCCCUUGCAUGUCUAUGAACGCUGCUCGUGUAGCUUUUAGGGACACUGUUUUGGGCUUACAGUAUCUGCAUUAUCAAGGCAUCAUUCAUCGGGAUAUCAAGCCUCCCAAUCUCUUGCAGACUGCUGACCACCGAACGAAGAUUUCAGACUUUGGCGUCUCAUAUCUUGAUUUCGAUGAAGCCAAGGAGCUCGCAAAGACUGUAGGUACUGCAGCCUUCUACGCGCCAGAGCUGUGUUACACAGACGGGAUCACAGAGACCCCUCCUGUUGGCCCCGCUAUCGACGUAUGGGCCCUGGGUAUCACUCUUUUCUGCAUGCUGUUCGGUCGUACGCCAUUCGUCGACAAUGAGUUUGUCGUCAUGAGACGCAUUGCCGAUGAGGAAAUCUAUGUACCUAGGAGACAGUUGGAUGACCUGCUUCUGGACCUAUUCCGCAGGCUGUUGCAGAAGGAUCCUUUAAAGCGCAUCACCUUGGAAGAAGUUCGGCAUCAUCCCUGGGUGGUUCAAGACAUC